GCAGGGUUGAGGGUUAUUUAAAGAAGGGGGGGCCGAGCGAAGGGGUUGGAAGCGGAGUGAUUCCCCACCCCUGCUCCAUCUAGCUCUUUCCAGUGCAGCCACUGCCGCCGCCCAGGAGCUCUCGUCCCCUUCCUCGUUCCCGCUCCAAAGCAAUGGAGCCGGACACCGCUGCAGUGGCAGCCACCGUGGCAGCUGCUGAUGCGACCGCCACAAUCGUGGUCAUAGAGGACGAGCAGCCGGGGCCAUCCACCUCUAAGGAGGAGGGAGCGGCCGCCGCGGCCACAGAAGCCACCGUGGCCACGGAGAAGGGCGAGAAGAAGGAGAAAAAUAUUUCUUCAUUUCAACUCAAACUUGCUGCUAAAGCUUCUAAAUCUGAAAAGGAAAUGGACCCAGAAUAUGAAGAGAAAAUGAAAGCAGACCGAGCAAAGAGAUUUGAAUUUUUAUUAAAGCAAACAGAACUUUUUGCACAUUUCAUUCAACCGUCAGCACAGAAAUCUCCAACAUCUCCUCUGAACAUGAAAUUGGGACGUCCUCGAAUAAAGAAAGAUGACAAGCAGAGCUUAAUUUCUGCUGGAGACUACCGCCACAGGCGCACGGAACAAGAAGAAGAUGAAGAGCUACUCUCAGAGAGUCGGAAAACAUCUAAUGUGUGUGUUAGAUUUGAGGUGUCACCUUCAUAUGUGAAAGGAGGACCCUUGAGGGAUUAUCAGAUUCGAGGGCUGAACUGGUUGAUCUCUUUGUAUGAAAAUGGAGUCAAUGGUAUCUUGGCAGAUGAAAUGGGUCUUGGUAAGACUUUACAAACGAUUGCUUUGCUUGGUUACCUGAAACAUUACCGAAACAUUCCAGGACCUCACAUGGUUUUAGUUCCAAAGUCUACUCUAUACAACUGGAUGAAUGAAUUUAAACGAUGGGUCCCAUCUCUCCGUGUUAUUUGUUUCGUUGGAGACAAGGAUGCAAGAGCUGCUUUUAUUCGUGAUGAAAUGAUGCCAGGAGAAUGGGAUGUUUGUGUUACUUCUUAUGAGAUGGUAAUUAAAGAAAAAUCUGUAUUUAAAAAGUUUCAUUGGCGAUACCUAGUCAUUGAUGAGGCUCACAGAAUAAAGAAUGAAAAAUCUAAGCUUUCAGAGAUUGUUCGUGAGUUCAAGUCAACUAACCGCUUGCUCCUAACUGGAACACCUUUGCAGAAUAACCUGCAUGAACUCUGGGCAUUACUCAACUUUUUAUUGCCUGAUGUCUUUAAUUCUGCAGAUGACUUUGAUUCUUGGUUUGACACUAAAAACUGUCUUGGUGAUCAAAAACUUGUGGAAAGACUUCACGCAGUUUUAAAACCAUUUUUGUUACGUCGUAUAAAAACUGAUGUAGAGAAGAGCCUACCUCCUAAAAAGGAAAUAAAGAUUUACUUGGGACUGAGUAAGAUGCAGCGAGAAUGGUAUACAAAAAUCCUGAUGAAAGAUAUUGAUGUGUUAAACUCUGCUGGCAAGAUGGACAAGAUGCGACUCUUAAACAUUCUGAUGCAGCUUCGAAAGUGUUGUAAUCAUCCUUACCUGUUUGAUGGUGCUGAACCUGGCCCACCUUAUACCACUGAUGAGCACAUUGUCAGCAAUAGUGGUAAAAUGGUAGUUCUUGAUAAACUCUUGGCCAAACUGAAAGAACAGGGUUCAAGGGUUCUCAUUUUUAGCCAGAUGACUCGCUUGCUGGACAUUCUGGAGGAUUAUUGUAUGUGGCGUGGUUAUGAGUACUGUCGACUGGAUGGACAAACCCCACAUGAAGAAAGAGAGGAUAAAUUCCUAGAAGUGGAAUUACUGGGUCAAAGGGAAGCAAUAGAGGCCUUUAAUGUUCCUAAUAGUAGCAAAUUCAUCUUUAUGCUGAGUACCAGAGCUGGGGGUCUCGGAAUUAACUUGGCAAGUGCUGAUGUGGUUAUACUAUAUGAUUCAGACUGGAAUCCACAGGUUGAUCUACAAGCUAUGGAUCGAGCACAUCGUAUUGGUCAGAAGAAGCCAGUACGUGUAUUCCGUCUCAUCACUGACAACACUGUUGAAGAAAGGAUUGUAGAAAGAGCAGAGAUAAAACUGAGACUUGACUCAAUUGUUAUACAACAAGGAAGACUCAUUGACCAACAGUCUAAUAAGCUGGCAAAAGAGGAAAUGUUGCAAAUGAUACGUCAUGGAGCCACCCAUGUUUUUGCUUCUAAAGAAAGUGAGCUGACAGAUGAAGAUAUUACAACUCUCCUAGAAAGAGGGGAAAAGAAGACCGCAGAGAUGAAUGAACGCUUGCAGAAAAUGGGAGAAUCUUCUCUGAGAAAUUUUAGAAUGGACACUGAACAAAGUUUGUACAAGUUUGAAGGAGAAGAUUAUAGAGAAAAACAGAAGCUUGGGAUGGUGGAAUGGAUCGAACCUCCUAAACGAGAACGCAAAGCAAACUACGCAGUGGAUGCCUACUUUAGAGAGGCUUUACGUGUCAGUGAGCCAAAGAUUCCAAAGGCUCCCCGACCUCCAAAGCAGCCAAAUGUUCAGGAUUUUCAGUUUUUCCCACCACGUUUGUUUGAGCUCCUGGAAAAGGAAAUUCUUUAUUACAGGAAGACAAUAGGCUAUAAGGUCCCACGGAAUCCUGAUAUCCCCAAUCCAGCUGUGUCUCAAAGAGAGGAGCAAAAAAAGAUUGAUGGAGCUGAACCUCUUACACCAGAAGAGACUGAAGAAAAAGAAAAACUUCUCACACAAGGAUUCACAAACUGGACUAAGCGAGAUUUUAACCAGUUUAUUAAAGCUAAUGAGAAGUAUGGAAGAGAUGACAUUGAUAAUAUAGCUCGAGAGGUGGAGGGCAAAUCACCUGAAGAGGUCAUGGAGUAUUCAGCUGUCUUUUGGGAACGUUGCAAUGAAUUACAGGACAUUGAGAAAAUUAUGGCUCAGAUUGAACGUGGAGAAGCAAGAAUUCAACGAAGGAUCAGUAUCAAGAAAGCCCUGGAUGCCAAAAUUGCAAGAUACAAGGCUCCAUUUCAUCAGUUACGUAUUCAGUAUGGAACCAGCAAAGGAAAGAACUAUACUGAGGAAGAAGAUAGAUUCUUGAUUUGUAUGUUACACAAAAUGGGCUUUGACAGAGAAAACGUGUAUGAAGAAUUAAGACAGUGUGUACGGAAUGCUCCUCAGUUUAGAUUUGACUGGUUUAUCAAGUCUAGAACUGCCAUGGAAUUCCAGAGACGCUGUAAUACUCUGAUUUCAUUGAUUGAGAAAGAAAAUAUGGAAAUUGAGGAAAGAGAGAGAGCAGAAAAGAAGAAACGGGCAACUAAAACUCCAAUGAAAAAGAAAAGAAACGAAAAAGAGAAAAAAAAAGAAAAAAAGAAAAUUGAACAGAUGGACCAGCGAACAGACUGAAAUACGACUGAAAUUACUUCGUUUUCCCCUAGAAGUCAAACUAUGGAGCGCUUUAUAGUCCAUAAACUAAGCAGGUGGAAAGACCUGUGUUUCUGAAGAGCCAGUUUGACCCAGUUGGGCAGGGCUUAGUGUAACGGCUUCAUUCUCCACUAGAUGGCGCUGCUUAGCUUACUGGCGGGGAUUGUUGCGGCGCUUGUAGGUGUGUAUGCGCAUGCACGGGCUGCGCAAAAAUGGUGUCACCCUGCUAUCCAUUCUCCAAUAUUGGAACUCUGUGUUCUCCCUGGCCAGCAAUCGCACACCUAUCCUUUGUCUCCGGCUUCCAUCCACUCCCUUCUUUUACACUGUCCGUGGCCAAGCCCCAGGCGGUACCUCCCUCCUGAGUUUUAUCUCAGAUGCGGCUGUGUUUCCAGUCCUCUUACUUCUGAGGGACUGUGGCUCUGACCCAGUCUGCCCCUCUGCAGAAGAGUCUCACCAAGCAAUGGCCAGGUGCCGGCUGCAUCCAGGAACGUUCGCAGGACCGGGCUGCUGCUCACACCCAGAGACUGUGGCUGGGUGCCAGCCUGCCCCAGAAAAAGUUCACGUGAUUGUGCAGCAGCAGCAUUUCAGGGAUUAUGGCAAAUCACAACAUGCAUCUGGCACCAGGUUUCACUCCCAACAACCUUGUUCCAGCACCAGCGAAUGUGGUUGUUCUCCCGGGUCCACUGAGGCCUUUGCCUGUGGGGGGGGGCCACACAGCCUCUACCAGAUGUCCUCCCAGUAGGGGAGCCGCCUCUUCCCAUGUGGCCUGAAGACCUCCAGACUUCACUCUGCUCCUGGGGAUUCGCCCUUCCCACCAGAGCACUACCAGGUAUCGAGCUGUGGAGUUUCAGACUCUGUGCUCCCCCUUAUAGAGUCUUAAUGGAAUUUAAAUCCUCUCCUUUAUCCCUUUUCAGUCCUUGUGGCUGUUUCCACUUUUCCACUUUUCCACUUUCUCUCCAGCUGCUUUGGGAGGGUGCUUUUCCCGUAUUCUCCUCCCUCCCCCUCCCACCCCCGCCUCGUCCCCAUCCUCUCUCCGCACGCGAAAACAGCUCCCUGCCUUACUUGGCUUCUUUUUCCCCCAGUUUAUCUCUCCGCACCAUGUACCUGCUGAGUUCUGUGGUUCAGGUUGUACAGAUUGUUGUGUUAAUCCUCAAAUCAGUUAUCUAGGUGUGCAGGAUGGUUUAGUGUUGAUCUGGCUGUAUUUCAUAGAUUUGAGACACAAAAAAAAUCUUCCAUGCUGUUCCACCAUUUGUCUCCUCCCCAUAAGAGUUCUUUUUAUAAUCUGGAUACAUAUCUUUAUUCAAUAUAUGAUUUGUAGAUAUUUGCAUUCAUUCUGUUCUCUUUUCCACUUUUCUUUCAUGGUGCCCUUUGAAGCACAAAUGUUUUAAAUAUUGUUGAAGUCCAGAUUAUCUGUUUUUGUUUUUGGUCAUGUUUUUGGUGUCGUAUCUAAGAAUCCUUUGUAAAAUCUGAGGUAAUGAAGAUUUACUUCUGUGUUUCCUAAGAGUUUUAUAGUUUUAGCUCUUACAUUAGGUCUGAUCCAUUUUGGGUUAAUUUUGUGUAAGAUGUGACAUGUAAGAUGUGAGGUGUGGGUUCAAAUUCAUUCUUUUGCAUGUGACUAUCCUGCUGUCCCAGCAUCAUUUAUUGAAAAGAAUUUUUUCCCAACUGAAUGGUCUUAGCACCCUUAUCAAAAAUCAGUUGAUCCUAGACACAUGGUUUUAAUUUUGGACUCCUGAUUCUAUUCUUCUGAUCUAUGCCAAUCCUGUGCCACUACCAUACUAUUCUGAUUACUGUUGUUUUUAGUAAAGUUUUGAAAUCAGGAAGUGUGAGUCUUCCUACUUUGUUAUUUGCAACCUCCAUAUUAAAGUUAUAUUCAGCUUGUAAAUUUCUACAAAAGUCAGCUGGAAUUCUGAUAGGAAUUAUGUUGAAUCUGCAGAUUAAUUUGGGGAAUAUUGCCAUCUUUAUGAUAUGAAAUCUUCCAAUCCGUGAAUAUGGGAAGUUUUCCGAUUUAUUUAGAACUUUAAUAUCCUUCAACAAUGCUUUGUAGUUUUCAUCAUGAGUUUUUCACUUUUAAAAUUUGUUCCUAAGUAUGUUAUUCUUUUUGAUGCAAUUGUAAAUAUCCUUGUUUUCUUAAUUUCAUUUUUUAUUGUUCAUUGCAAGUGUAUAGAAAUACAAUAGAUUUUUGUAUAUUGAUCUUGUAUUCUGUAAUCUUGCUGAACAUGUUUAUUAGGUAUAAUAGAUUUUUAGUGGAUUCCUUAGUGUUUUCUAAAUAUAAGAUCACAUUUUAUGCAAAUAGAGAUAGUUGUACUUCUUCCUUUCCAAUACGGAUGAGUUUUAUUUCUCUUUUUCUUGCUUGAUUGCCUAGGCUAGAACCAUCAGUACAAUGUUAAAUAGAAUUGGUGAAAGUGAGCAUACUUAUCUUGUUCCUGACCUGAGAGGGAAAGCCUUCAGUCUUUUACCAUUGAGUAUUAUGUUCACCAUGGGUUUUGAAGCUCUUCUUUAACUUGUCUUAAUUUAUCUUUAUAACUUUUCCCCCACUACAAAUCUUGGCAUGCCUGUUGCCCAACUCUACAAUCCUAACCUUAUUCACAAAGACCUGGUUGUCUAAAUAACCUGGAUAUUUUUUAUCCUUUUAUUUACAUGCACUAUUAAUUUUUUUUCUGUACCCAUUGCUCAUAUAGUUACAAAGAAUGCCCCAUUUCCUCCAACAAUCUAGCUCAUAUACUUCCUCGGGAUAAAGCUCAAUUUCCCAGAUCAUUGCACAACCACCUCUUCAACAGAUACAAGUAGGCACACAUACACAUGGAGACACACACACACACACACACACACACACACACACACACACACAUCAUGUGAUUCCCUGACUCCUCACUUCCCUGGGUACUUGAAGCCAAUUUACAUUUUGUUUCAGCUCAUACCACUUUGUGAAUGUUCUUUUGUUAUUUCAGAUAUCUUUGUCUUGGCUCCACCAACUGCACUGUAGAUAUCUAUCCAGAAUAAGGAGCUGGAACCCUGUAUUUUAAUAUUAUCCAUGACAGAGUGUAACACAAAGGCUCAUAGGAACAAGAAGUGCUCCAUAAAAGCUGACUGACCAGUCAAUUUUGCUCUCAGAAGGACCUCUAGUUCCUUGUAGGACACUAUGAAAAUCAGAGACUGCCUAGAUGCCACUCAUACCUCUGUCAGUGCCUCAUUUCUAUUUCCAAUCCAUUUCUCUUCUCCUUAUAUUGGCUGAUUUUCAGAGGGAGAUCUUUGGCUCCAUCAAUUUUUAUAGCUUAAUGAAAGUCUCAGCCAUGUUUACCUGCUUUCCUUCCAGGGUAAAUGCAUCACAAGCCAAAGCAAAGUCAUCCCCAUAGCCCUUGUUUAGAAAAUGUGUGAUUUUUAUAUUGUCUCCAUUAAAGCAAUAUGGUCUACUAGCUUUGACCUCAAACAUGGCCUUCUUUAGAAAUGAGUGCCUCUUAGCAUGAAAUAUUUAUUCUUAAGGCCAGGCCCAUGCUGGGGUUUGAAGGUUUGUAACAAAGGUCCCAGAUUCCUGAGCACAUUGCCUGCUGUUGUUUUCUUUCUUGUGGCAUUUGCCUGUUUGUUUUUUUUUUUGUGCUUUACUGCAACUAAAAUAUUGACAUCUCCCUGCCCUACCCCAUUAACUAUGGAAAAUGCCAUAGAAUGGAAAUCUUUUGCAAUAAGCAUACCACAGACAUCAGAGUGUAGGGCUUGGUCUUGCUGUCUUAACAGCUAAAGAGGUCAGCUGCAUACCAGUUUUAGGAGAAAAAUGGUUUUUAUUAGGUACUUGCUGAGCAUAUAGCCUGUGUCAGGCAUGGGGGGAUAGGCAAGCAAAUACAUUGAUGCUGCUCUACAGGAGUUUACAGUCUCAAUGGGGUGAUAAGACUAACAUACCUCAAACAGAGAACUAUUAAGUUAGAGAGUGUGUGAUAAUUGCUAAAACAAGGGGAGAGGAACAUACUGUCAGAGUGACUUGGAGUCAGUGAAGACUUUUGAAAGAAGUUGAACCCUUAAGUUUGACUUGGAAAGAUUUUGAUGGAGAGAAGAGUGAGAGGGAUGCAAAGAAACUAACAUAGGGUUGACGAUAUAAAGAGGCUGACAAGAGGUUUGAAGAUCCAUAUCAGGGACCAUUUGGAGAUAAUAUCAGUAAAAGAAGUGUAGGUUGGAGUGUAUCUUGAGUGGAUAGAAUUACAGAAUAUCAGAGCUGGAAAAUCUAAUAUUGCUAAUAGCUAAUAUUGCUAAUAUUCAAGCUGGAGCUGGAAUUCAUAGUCCAGUGUGUAGUUCCUAUAGUUUUCAUUAGAUUUUUUUUAAUCCAUGGAGUUUUCUUUUCUUCAAAUGGAAUCUUAUAUGAGGAAUCCCAAUACAUCAAUAUAUAAAAGCAAAAAUACUUUGGUUGCUUUUGGGUGAGAUCAAGAUGAACCCAAUUCCCACAUUUUAAGAGUGAGACAACUGAGAUACAGGGACAGAAAAUGGCCUCCAUGUCAUUAAAUCCAGUGGACAUUUCUCAGUGCACAUCUUGCUUGGCUUCUUAGCAGCAUACUACAUUGUUGACCACUCCCCUUUACUCAACAUACUACACUCCUUUCUUAUUCUUCUAUGAUACAGCUUUUCUGAUUUUCCUCUUACUUCCUGACCUUUUCUUUUCCAUCUCAUUUGAGUGUUUAUUCUCCUACAUUUAGACUUCAAAUGUUGGAUUUCUUAGGACUUGAACAUCAGCCCUUUCUACUUAUUGUCUUACAUUCUCUGCCUAGGCAAUCUUAUUUGAUGGCUUUAAGUCUAAUCUAAAUGAUGGCAACACUCAAGUUAUACUUCCAUCCCCUGCUUCUCCUCAAUUACUGAUUAGGUAUCUCUAUAGGGAUAUACCAUAUGUGCUGCAAACUCAAAAUUUCUGAAACUAAACUCCUCUGUCCCUCUCUACAGUCCUUAAAGUUCGUACCUUCUCCUGUGCAUUCUUUAUCUCAGUGAAUGGCAUCACCAACCACCCAGUUUCUUAUCCUCUAAACCAAAGACUCAUCCUUAACACUUUUUUUCUCCUCUCUUACUUUUCAAUCAUCAAGUCCUGUUCAUCUUAUGUCCUUAAUAUCUCGUGAAUCUCUCCACUCUUCUUCAUUUCCUUCACUGCACCAGACUACCACUCCCCUCCAGGCCACCCGUAUUUCUCUGUUGAGCUACUACAAUAACUCCAUUGUCUCCCUGCAUCUACUCCUUCCCUAUCUGCCAGUCCUUUCUCUACAUUACAACUGAAGUGUACUUUUAAAGCAUAAAUAGGAUGUCCUUUCCCUGCUCAAAAGCCUUCAGUGGUUUCCCAGUGCCUAAGGAAAAUGUCUAAAUUUAUUACACAUUUUAGAAAACCUUUUAUGACUUGGCAUCUGUCCACUUGCUCAAUUUCAUUUUUGUUUGCCAUACUUCUUUCUCUUUUACAAUGAUAGGCUCACAGUUUUGGACUGUUUUAUGGGUUUCUACUGACUAGAACUAUAAUCUGCCCACAUACUGCCAGACCAACUUAUCCUUCUGGUUUCAGCUGAAAUUUCACCACCAGUGGAAAGUCUUCCUAAGUCCACUCCCACUCCCAAGUCCAGGAAAAAUGUCCCUUCAUUGUAGUCUCAUGGUAACUUGAGAGGAUAGCCUUUCACAGAACACAUCACACAUUAUUAUAAUUGCUGCUUUAAUUGUGUAUCUCCCUAAUUAGCCCAUAAGCUCAGUGAAGGUGAGGUCCAUCUUGACUACAAAUGUAUCCUCAGUGUGCAGCAUGGUGCCUAAAAUGUAGUAGGUUCUUUAGAAAUACCUGCUGAAUGAAUACACGAAUGAACGAAUCGCACCAUUCAUCAAAGCUUCUACCACCUUUCAAAAAGCUUAACAAAAUGUAGUGACAAUGCUAAACUUGGCCAUAAUUUCCCCAUUUUAAUUUGUUAUUUGAUGUCUUCUUAAAGGGAUACACUUUUAGAUCUUGGAAAAUCUUUGCAAAUGCCAAGGGCAUGAUUUGUAUGAUGAUUAGAUAUUUGGUCAAGAUGAUGGUGGCUGAAAAUCUUUCCAAUUACCCUGUGGGGAAGGCCUUCCUUUUGACUUAUAAUUAUGGUUACCUAACUUUUGCAAAGAUUCGCUGGGGAAAUUAAAAAAAACAAAAGAUAAUUAAAAAAUAGGAGAUGGCACAUUAAACUUACAUAGCCAACUAAGGCACGGGCUCUCUCCCUUUUCAGCUAUUUGUCAUUUAUGAACCUCAAGGUAUUUUGCUGACAAGGGGCUAUUUUCUAUAUGUUAUGGGCAUGCUGACAGGAGGCUAGAACACAGGAAGACACAGAAGAGAAAUGAGAGACCAUUAAAGGCCAAUUCAGCAAGUGAACAUUUCAACCUCAUGAACUUCUAAAUUCUGUGAAUUUCAUUUUUAAUGACGAGGGGGAGCCAAUUUCAAGCCCUGGGGAAAGAAUCUUGCCUUUUCAAUUGCCAGGCAGGUCAUCAGGGUUGCAGGGAAGCUUUCUAGAAAGGCCUCUGUGGCCUCAGUUCCAAAUCUUAGGCAACAGCUGUUGGCUGAAAGAUCUUCUUGGAUUCCUGAGCCUGUGGUCUAUAGUGAAGAAAUCAUACCAUGGCUGACAAAGAAGUGAGCUCCACCUCCAGCUCUUCAUAGAAAAGUAGAUUGAAUGUUCCAACUCAUUCCAGAUGCUCUGUCUUCAAAGCUCUUAACUAAUACCCAGGGUAGCCCGCUGCCCUUUAAAAGACAAAAAUCAGCCUCCACUCUGAUUAAACAACAGGUGAGUUGAGCACUAGAUGCUUCAUGAUGCCAGACUGAACAGCUUGGAAAUGGGAGAGCCUGCCUGUCUCUGUUGGUUUCCCUCAAGCUAUCUGUUCCCAAAAGAUUUUCCAUUUAGGUAAAUAAAAAAUAAUACCAAAGAGGGAGAAAUUAUGCAUUAUGUGGCACCAGAAAGUCAUCAGAUAGGUUCAGAGAAAGUAUUUUUGGAAACACUAAGGAAAUGGUCGUAAGCACGCUGGCUUUUAUAGACAUUCUGAGUCUUCUAGGACACCAGCACCCUUAUAAUCACUUCUGUUGUCCAUAGCUCCUAACUUUACCUAAAGCUGACUCUCCUCAGAAGUGCCCUCACUCUGAGUAAUUUGUUACCCAAAGCAUUAGAGAGUUAAUUCACUCAAACCCUCCAUUGCACUUAAAAACUUCCCUAUCCUAUUAUCUUGAGUAGGGGACUGUAUUAACUUCCUAGGGCUGUUGUAGCAAAGUACGAUGAACUGGGGGGCUUGGAACGACAGUUCUCAGUUCUGGAGGCCAUAAAUCUGAAAAUAAGGUGUCAGCAGGUCCAUGCUUCUUUUUAUUUUUUUUAAUGUUUAUUUUAUUUUUGAGAGAGAGAGAGAGAGAGAGAGAGAGAGCAUGAGGAGGGGAGGGGCAGAAAGAGAGAGACACAGAAUCCAAAGCAGGCUCCAGGCUCUGAGCUGUCAACACAGACCCUGACACAGGGCUUGAACUCAUAAACUGGGGGAUCAUGGGCUGAGCUGACAUCAGAUGCUUAACCGACUGAGCCACCCAGGCACCCCCUGAAUUGUUGAGUAAUUCAAAAGAAAUUAUAAAUAAUGCAUGUAAUAUAUGAAUAUGUUCAAUAAAAAUAUUAUUUAUCACCUCUUUGUUAUGCAUAUUUUCCACCUCUUUUUUUCUGGAAGCAACCAUUAUUAUCAGUUUGGUUGUAUACUUCCAGAACUUUUUCUGUUCAUUUACAUGUAAAUAUUGUUUUCUUGAAGCUUUGAUAAAAUAUGUCAGUAAAACCACUGGGACUUUUUUGGGGGGGGAUUAGAAAAUUUUGGCUACUAAUAAAAUUUCUUCUGUAGUUUUUGGUUUAUUCAACAUUCUUUGUUAUUCUUGGGCUGAUUUUGGUAAUUUGUAUAUUCCUUGAAUCUGUCCUUUUUUUUUAAGGUUUUACAUUCAUUGUUAUUAAAUUGUACAUGGCAUUCUCCUGUAAUUGUUAAAGUCUCCAGUUUAUUUCUUUUGUGUUCCUCAUAUAGCUUAUUUUGCUGUCUCUUUUUUUAAAUCAUCAUAUUUGCUAAAUUCUUGUUUAUAUUAUUUGUUAAUAAUAUUUUAAAAAAAUUAAAAAAAUUUUUUAAGUAGGCUUCAUGCCCAGUGUGGGGCCCAGUGUGGGGUUUGAACUCACAACCCUGAGAUGAAGAGUUAGAUGCUUAACCAACUGAGUCACCUGGGUGCCCCUAUAAUAAUAUUUUUAAAUAAAUAUUUUUAAUAAAUAUAUUUUAAAUAUAUUAUUUAUAUUUGUUUAUAUUAAUUAUUUCAAGAGUACUCAUUUUUGGUAUUUUAUUUAGUUUUUUGAGUUUUAUUUUCUAUUAUCAAUGUAUAUUUUUAUCUGUAUAAUUUUUUCAUUUUAACUUCAUUAGACUUAUUUUAUCGUUUUCUUUCUACUGUCUUGAGUUGACAGCUUAGUUCAUUUAUUUUCAAUCUUUAUUUCUAAUAUGUGAUUUUAAGACUAAAUUUAUUUUUGAGUACUAUUUGGCCACAUCCCUAAGUUAUUUAUUUACAAUUUUUAUUGAAGCAUAACAUAUAUAUAACAAAGUGUACAAAUCAAAAGUGUUUAUCUCAAUGAAUUUUGACAAACUGAACACACCCUGGUCAGGAAACCGAACGUGACCAGUAUCUCAAAAGCCCCCUCUCGUGCGCAUUUCAGUCAUCACCAACCCACACCUAUAGGAGUAAACAUUGUCCUAAUUUAUAAUGCUGUAUAGAUUACUGUUGCCUGCUUUUGAACUUUAUGUGAAUGUAACAAUACGGUGUAUACUCUUUGAGUCUGGACAUUUACACUUAACCUUGUAUUUUUAAGAUUCAUCCAUAUUGUUGUAGGUAAUGGUUCAUUAUCCUUGCUGUGUAGUAUUUCAUUGUGUAAAUAUACAACAAUUUAUUUAUCCAUUUAAUUAUUGAUGGAUAUUUGGAUUGUUUCCUGUUUUUAGCAAUAACAAAUAAUGCUUCUUUGAACCUUCUUUUACAUAUAUUUAGGUAAGCAUAUGCAUGCAUUUCUGUUGGGUAUAUACAUAUGAGUGGAAUUGCUGGAUUGCAGGUUACAUAUGUUUUAAGUGGUUUCAUGCCAGUGUCCCUAAGUAUUUACACUAAAUAGUUUAUGAGGUUUUCAUUUGCUCUGUGUCCUCACUAGCACUGGGUAUUUUUCUGUCUUUUUUUCAUUUUAGCCAUUUCAUUGUGAAUGGUAUUAAAUUGCUGUUGUUUCCACAAUGAUUAAUGAAGUUGAGUACCUAUUCCUAAGGUUUUGAGAUUAGUUUUAUUUUAAAUGGUUUAUAAUUCCAAUUUUAUUUAUAGUUUAGUUUAAAAGUUGUUUAGAAUUGUGUUCAUUAAAUUUUUCCAGGUAUUUGGGUGCCUGGGUGGCUCAGUCGAUUAAGUGUCUGACUUUGGCUCAGGUCAUGACCUCCCAAUCUAUGAGUUCAAGCCCCGCGAUGGACUCUGUGCUGACAGCUCAGAGCCUGGAGCCUGCUUGGGAUUCUGUGUGUGUGUGUCUCUCUCUCUGCCCCUCCCCCACUUGUACUCUUUCUCUCUCUCUCAAAAAUUAAUGAACAUAAAAAAAUUUACAUUUUUCCAGGUGUAAAGAUUUUAAAGCACUUUCUUUUUUGUAGUUGGUUCCUAUUUUAUUGCAUUGAGAACAGUGAAUAUAGCCUACAGGACAUUAUGUUUUUUGGAAUUUGAUAUCUUCUUAUGGUCUAACAAAUUAUCAUUUUUGGUAAAUAAUUGUAUAUGUUUAAAAGAAGGUAUAUUCUCUGUUGAGUGCAAAGUUCUAUGUAUUGUGUUAUUCAAAUUUUCUUUAUCCUUAAUUUUUGUCUAAUUGAUCUCUCAGUUUCUUAGAGAAAUGUGUUAAAUUAUUGUAUUAUGAUUGUGGUUUAUAUAAAGCAUGGUGUGUUAUUGUAUACUUAUCAGUUUAUGUUUCUAUAUUUUGAUUCUCUGCACAUAGGUGUAGAAAAGUUCAUAACUGUUUUCUCUUCUUUGUGGAGUGUUUUUUAAAUCAAAAUGAUGUUUCUGUCUUUAUCUCUGAAUUAUUUUUGCCUUGAAUUUAUAUUUCAUCUGCUCUUGAUACGGCCACACUGGUUUUAUUUUUGUUGUCAUUUGUCUGGCAUUAUCUUUCCCUAGUUCUUUAUUUUUGAUCUACAAGAGUCAUUUUAAGUGUGUCUUUUGAUAACAUCUAGUUGGAUCAUUUUUACUGUCUUUAAAUAGAUAAGUUUAAUUCUUUCACAUUUACAGUGAUUACCUAUAGGUAUAGUUAUUCCUUUCCUAUUUCCUGUUAUAAACCUAUCAUGCUGCCACUUUGUUAACUUUUUCCUUCUGCUUUUUAAAAAAAGAUUUGAUCUUUUAAGUAAUGUCUCCACCCAACAUGGGGCUUGACCUGACAACUCCAAGAUCAAGAGUCACACACUCCACUGACCGAGCCAGCCACAUGCCCUGCUUCUGCUUUUUGUUGAAUGGAUGGAGCUUUUUUAUUCCCCUCCCCUCUUCCAUGUGGGUAAAUUAUACAUUUUAUUUUUAUGUUUUAUUAAUCACCCUUAAAUUUUUAACAUGCACAUAAAGAUAUAUUUUUAACACUAGAAUUAGUAAGUAUCUAAUUCAUCUUCCUGAAAAGAUAAUAACCUUAGCUUUACUACCCUCUGCUUUCUUUUU